AUGCCGCGCCAGCUCCCCUGGGCGAACAAAGGAGCAGCCAGUCGGGCAAAAGGAAAAUCAGUGAACCCAUCUCCAAGACCUGCAUCGCACAUCUCUAGUAUCGAUGGUGCCCUCUUUGAUGACGCGGUAUUGGAAAGCAGUAGCAAGGGAAAAGAGCAAGCCAACGAGUCAGAUGAUGACCUCCCGACUCUGCCAGCAGAGCCAUCAACACCACCCACGAAAACCAGAUGGAAAGAUGGCGAUGGAAGGAAGCCCGAAGCAUCAUCGUCGCCGCCUCCAACCGUCAAUCUCGAACAACCACGCGUUGAAUUCAUGCACAAAGCCAUUUCCAAGUUCGACCUUCGCGACGACGAAUGGAUGAUGGUUGAAGACGAGUUUCUCGAGACGGCAAAGCUAUUCACACGGCACCUGCACAUUGCCGAGUACGACCGGCUCAAGGAGAUGAUUGAGGCGAAGAAGAAAGACGCCAGCAUCGCAAGACCGGUCGUACCCAACGCGAACAUGUCUGCGGCCGGCGCCAUGAAAGAGAAGGCCAGAGUGCAAGAGCAGAAGCAAAAGAAGGCGACCCGCGAUGUCUUUGCGUCGCAAGAUGACGACGAGGCUGAGGCGCCAGGCAUUACUACUACUAGUAGUGGUAGGAGAAAGAGCACCGACCUUGCAGAUCGGCUUGCGAAGCGAAAGGCUGACCGCGAGACGAGUGAGGGGGAGAAGAAGAAGAAGAAGAAGAAGGCGUUGAGUGUGGAUGACAUACCCACGUUUUUGUUUUGAAGUUGACAUACAUUAACAUAGGGUGUUCCUGGAGUGCUUUGCCUUUAGCUAACAGCUGUACAACCUGGUUACGUAGAGGAUUACGAUUUGCCACACAUACUAGGAGAUUUUGA